AACAGUUCCUUCUCUUGUAACUAGCGUAGAGCAAGAAGACUCUCCUUCGGCUAGCUCGCUAUUAGCAAGAUACGCUGCUAAUAACGUUGUCUUGUUAAGAAGAAAGCAUAUUGCCGUCCUGCUUAUACAAGCACUACAGCGAUUUAUAAGCUAAAUCAGGUGCCGGUUCGUGGCAGCUUGUGUAAGUGAUUCGGUAAAGAGCGUCCGAUUUGCGUCUUGCUUUGUAUGUGCGUCAUUAUGGCAGCCAUACUUAGCAUUGUUCUUAUAGCAACCGUUACCAUGCUAACUACGACUUAGACGUUAAAAUAAGAUACUGGACAAUUCUGUCAGUCUGUUUUGUGGUUUUCCUGUUGCGUUGUCAUAUAUGUUUGGGUUGUAAAUAAGUUUAAGUAAUCCACCGUGUCCUGUAACGGUACUGUGUUAGCUGUUGUUUGGCUAAAUGGCUAGUUUGGUAGUAGUGUUUUCUUUGUCAGCUGAAAUAAUAUGGCUGAUGCUUCAUAUGUGUUUUUAUCGAUGUUUUUUUAAUGUUGUUUGUGUGAGAACCAACAGUACAUUUUGGAAGCUGGUUUAGUUGCGUUGGUUUUUGUUGUAAUGUUUUCCUUCCCAGUUGGUCAAGUAACCUGAGGUGACUUUUUUAAUAUAUGUGGAGGUUGUUGGGCUUGACUUAGGCUUUCAAGACAGUAUUUUGAAUAUUUCACUUCUAUAUGUCUCAUUUCUCAAGGUCCCUAACAGCUUGGGAGUUUGUAUGGGUUUCCUUUGGGUUCUCUGGUUUCCUCCUACCACCUGAAAACAUGCUAGUACGUGGAAUGGCUAUAGUAAUUUGCCUCUGUGUGUGUGUGUGUGUGUGUGUGUGUGUGUGUGUACGUACGUACAUGGUUCCUUGGAAAAAUCCCAUCUAGGGUGUAUUCCUGCCUCGUAGCCAAUAUUCCUGGGAUAGGCCCUGGAUUCACCUGAACCCUGACCAGGAUAAAGUGGUCACUGAAGAUAGAUGAGUCUUUCUUUCAUUUACUGAAAAACUGGUUGACGUGUGCCAAUCCCUGUGUGUACCUCAUAAGGACAUGUCCGAUUUGAGUUCUUGGAUGUUAAGGAAUGUUUGCACCAGAUAAUAUCUCAGGCCUUGGGAUAACAUGCUUAUUUGAAAUGGUUUGUGAAAAUUGGAAUUAAGUUGUUUUGAACUCAAAGGUGCUGUUGUGUGUGCCAUCAUGGCGGUGGUCAUCCGCUUACGGGGACUUAGAAUCACAGCUGGUUCUGACGACAUUCGCAAUUUCUUCACUGGCCUUAGAAUACCCAAUGGUGGGGUUCAUAUAAUUGGCGGAGAACUUGAGGAAGCGUUCAUAAUUUUUGCAUCCGACGAAGAUGCGAGACGAGCGAUGACUCGCUCAGGAGGAUGCAUUAAGGGCUCUCCAGUCACCUUGCUUUUGAGUAGCAGGUCAGAGAUGCAGAAGGUUCUUGAGGAUAGCACGAGGCAAUCCGAAGCAGAUAAUAGAAGGAAUUACAAGGAGGUUGUCAAAAGACCAGCUGAAGGAAGAUCAACGUCAUUGCAUGAAGAUGUGAACGUAGAUAUGCGAAGAGGAGAUAAUCAAAACAUGGGAAACAGACCACCUCUAGCUUCUCCUAAUGACACUCGAACUCUGAAGAGAGAUGGAGACAGCCUCUAUUUGUACUUGUCUGGAAUGCCAUUCUCAGCAACGAAGGAGGAUGUCCGGGUCUUUUUUGAAGGUAUACAAAUCGAUGACCUAAUUUUUAUGCGAAACAGGUAUGGAAUGUUUAAUGGAUGUGGUUUGGUCAAAUUUAGAACCAGAGAGGAUGCCAGUGAAGGUCUGAAAAGGGAUCGAAAAUACAUUGGGCCACGUUACAUCAGAGUAAUGCCAGCCUCAGAACAUCAGUGGAUCAGAUCUGGGGGCUCGGUUGUAUCUGUUGGUGCAAGUCGGAGAUCUCGAACAAGAUCUCGCUCUCCAGUUCGCCAUCGUUCUCAUUCUCCUUCCAACGAAGAGUUUGGGGUGUUGUAUGAAAACCUCCCAUAUUCAGUUGGAAAACGGGAUAUAAAAGCCUUACUCCAUCCUCUGUCGUUGACCGAUGACCAGAUCAGUAUUUUUGUUGAUAGAAAUAAUAAUAGGAGCAAAUUGGCUAUUGUGGUGUUCCAGAAUCUAAAGGACUAUUGUUCUGGCCUGGCUCACCACAAGGAAACCUUUCUGCACAGUGUUGUUUAUGUGUCUCCCAUCUCUAAAGAAAAGAUUGCCACCAUGCGAGAAUCUACUGAUAACCCAAGAGAAGAACAGCGCAGAUCCAGCAGAUCAUCUGAACCAACACAGAGCGUUUAUGACUCGGAGAAAAGGUGCAUAUAUGUUCGCAACUUGCCUUUCGAUGUCCGGAAAGUAGAGAUCAUGGACUUCUUUCAUGGAUUUCAGCUUUCAGACGACAGGCUUAUCCUGCUCCAUGAUGACAGAGGAACUGGGCUUGGUGAGGCUUUAAUCAUUUUUCAAACAGAAAAGGAGGCAGUUAUGGCACAGUCUUUAAAUGGGCAACGAUUUCUUGGAUCAGAGGUCAUGCUAAAGUGCAUCACCUGGGCUCAGAUGCAAGAAUUUGGUAUUGACAGCAGCCGCAUGCCUGAGAGGAACUUUCAAAGAGAGACGCCAAGAUACGACAGUGAGCCAAAUUUCCUUAAUGACCGAAUUCAUCAAGAAAAUUGUGACAUUAUGCCUGAUCCUAACUACGGUCUUGGAAAGAGUAGUGUUCCAUUGGAGCAUUUUGAAAACCCGGCCGCUUAUGGAGGGGAGGCAUGUGGUCCAGACAAUCAUCAGUAUGGACCACCAAAACAACAAUUUAAUCAGCCGACAUGCGUCAGGUUGCUCAACCUACCCUCUAAGAUAAGGGUUGAUGAAAUUUAUGACUUCUGCUAUGGGUACAGAGUAAUUCCAGGGUCGGUCUUGUUGCAGUAUAAUAGGAGUGGAGCACCUACAGGCACUGCAACUGUUGUGUUUGAAAACCACAGUGAGGCUCUCACUGCUGUCCAGGAAUUAAACGGAAGACCCAUUGGUACAAGGAAAAUUAACAUUAUGCUAGUGUAGAAUGAGACAUUGGGCAUUUCUUAAGUAAGCUGUUUAUAAUGAUUUGUCCUUUUUUUUUCUUUCUUCCCUUUUUUGUUUAUAAUAUUGCUAAAUAUUAAACUUUUUCUUGCCUUUAGGUAGUAAUACAACAAAGAUUACAUGGAAUUAAAUGACCUUUUAUUCUUUAACUUAAGUUAUGCUAGUAUAUUGUAUUAGCAUUUUACAGUUAGGUGUGAUUUAUUAACCUUUUCUUUCCAGAAUCGUUUGUUCAUUUGUUCAUAAAUGAAUGUUUAUUUGUGUUGAUUUAUGAACCACUCUAUUUUUCAUUUAAGGUGGAUGCCUACUUUUUAUGACAUGCACCUAACACGUGUAUACUGUAUAGUUAUUUAAAAUCAUAUAACAGCAUUUCCUGGUGUGAGAGGUUGUGUUCAUUAUGUACAAAAUGGUCCCAGACAUCAGUGUGAGAAAUACAGUCAAAAAAAAAUGGAUAAAUAUUAUGCAAAGUUCAAUGAAAAACAAAAUGGAAACAUUACAAUGUUCUUAUCAAUGUUGGUUGAAAUUUGUUGAUGCUACUGAUCAAGGCGUAAACUGUGUCUAUGCCCAUAAAAAGAGGACCAGCUUGCUAUUCUGCUCAAAAAGGGGUAAUCUGGAUUGUCCACAACUAUAUCUCAAAUUUACUCUCAUUAGCCCCUACAAUUGGAACACUUGUAACCCUGCUCAUUCAUGAUCAAUACAGGUUCUCAGUUUAAAGUGAUUGGUUAGUGUAGAGCAGUGGCGUCCAAUCUUGUGCACAAAGGGCCGGUGUGGGUGCAGGUUUUCAUUCCAACCAAGCAGAAGUGGUGUGGCUUCUUCUUGGUUGGAAUGAAAGCCUGCACCCACACCAGCCCUUUACGGAUAAGAUUGGACACCGCUGGUGUAGAGGGACAGAUUAUUAUACGUUAGCUUUAUUUAGCAUUUCUAUUCAUUCUCACACAGGAGUAAAGGAUAUUUAUGAUUUCCAGUCUGGAUGAGGUUAAAGCAGACCCACAGCUGCCUUCUCCUGAUCUUAUCCCUAGGGUACAUGGAGAUGCCGUGACCCUUUGCCUGUACAUGACCAGCAACUUCAUCUCUCAUGUCCACAGAAAAGACAGCCACUUUUUUAAAAUCUUUUUUUUUUUUUUUUGGUUAAUAUUUUGGUUAAUAUGUAUUAAUGUGAGCCAAAAAAUUAAGCAUUGAACAUAUACUGUACAUGUGGUGCACUGAAUCUUUUUUAUUUUUUUUUUUUUAUAGGCUUUGUUUGUUAUGGUUAAUACAAACCCACUCGUGUUUCUUUUUACUGAAAUAAAAAAGUACAGUGGAAUUAAUUUCAUAUUACUGCAACUCAGUAUUAAAACGCAUCAAGUGUUAUAAUAAAGCAAAUAAAUUGUCUGGAUAAAAUUGUGAGUUCUGGUGUUCUGGUCUGGAUAUGUUACGUCUUAAUACGUUUCCAGACAUUGUUCCAUAUCUAGUGCUUGUUGUUUUGAUGAAUUAAAAGUUAAACAUCAUUUAGAGUUUCUGUUGUUUACAAAUGAAUGGGUGACUAGUAAGAUGGGUAACAAA